AUUACAUUCUUACUGAAAUAUUCUUAUCUGUGAUUUCCUUUCAGUAAUCAUAGCAUGGCGAUUUCAUCUGAUAUGGCAAAUCCCAAAAUGCAGACACCGGUAAACUGUGACACUUGUGAAAAUACGGCGGAACAUUUGUGCAAAACGUGUCACGACAGGUUAUGCCACAAAUGUAAAGAUAUCCACUCUAGAAGUAAGGGUACAUUUGACCACGAAGUCGUCUUAUUAACAUAUGAAUCACUUACAUUGUCUCAUGAAUGCCCUUCUCAUCUUAUUUGCAAAUGGCAUCCAAACUUUCGGGCAAAUAUUGGAUGUCAAGAAUGUGAGGUUCCCGUUUGUGAGAAAUGCCUUAUUGGGGAACAUAAUGGUCAUAAACUAAUGGAUUUUACAGAAAUGUUCUAUAAGAAGAAGGAGAAACUCGAACUGAAAUUAUCUACAGUUUGCGCAGAGCUACCAAAAUAUGAAGCAACACUGAAGAAAAUUAUCGAAAGAAAAGCGCUGGAAAUGGAGAACAAUGAAAUUGUGAAGAAAGAAAUUCGUGCUCACCUUCAAAGAGUGAUAUCAGAACUUAAAGAAACCGAAAAACAUCUUGAAGAAAAGGUUGAUGAGCGAGAGAAAUCUAACUUAGAAAUACUUAAAGUUCAAGAGGAUCGAUUUCUAUCCCACGUUCGAAAUAUGAAAGACUUUAUGUCAAGUUUUCAGACGAACGACAUGCAGAAGAGAAGUUUCUUCAUCUUAUAUGCAAAUUGCACCCUUGGUGUUACGAUGCCAGAUGAGUGUCCAUCCUUAUCGUUUCCUGGUAUAAUCAAAUAUUUGCAAGAAGAAAAGGAAAACUUAAACAGAAUGCCGAUUUCAAAGAUAUUGGGAAUGCUUUAUAGUUUUGCAAUAGCUCGACCGCUAUCAUCUGCUGCCAUGGUUGUACUUCAGUCAAUAGCCAUAAACAAAGGACCGAUUGAGUCCCUUUGUAGUCAACUAAACAACAACGUAUGUUCAUAUUGGAUUUUCUCAAAAAAUACAUCAGAAUUUAUGAAUUUUGAUAGUAAAGGUAAUUGCCUUUCAAAAGUAAAUACAAACAUUCAAAAUUUCAAAAACAAACCUAUAUGUGUUACUGAAGUUGGCAUGGUUAUCUUUAGAAAAAGUCAACCAACAUUAUAUGCAACCGGAACAAGCAGUGAGACAUUAUUUGUAGAUUUAACACCUUUGUUACCUGUGUGCAUGUGUCUUGCAAGAAGCGGGGAUAUUUUGGUUGCAGCAGUGCAUAUGCAAGAAAAUGUUGGCGCAGUUGUCCGAUAUAAUUGUGAAGGAAAAUGUCUUCAACGCGUAACACAUUUAUGGGAAAAAAUGAUUCCUAAACCAAUUUUCAAAACCAACAACCUUCGUGCGUACAUUUCAGAGAACAUAAAUGGUGAUAUAUGUCUGUCCAUAGACGUUGUUAAUGUCAUAUGUACAGAUGGAGUACUUAGAUUUACCUAUACAGGGAAGGAGGCGUCAUUGGCUUAUCCAUUUCUUCCCCGUGGAAUAUGUACAGAUAUUCUUGGAAACAUUCUCAUCGCUGAUGAAAACAACCAUGGAAUUCACGUUUUAGACAAAGAUGGCAAGUUUUUAUCUCUAUUAACCAUUCCGGUAGAUGACCAAGUUAAUCCAAUAUCUGUGUGUGUUGACUACAAGAACGACCUCUGCGUCGGUUGUUCAGAUGGAAAAAUAAGAAUCAUCAAUUAUCUAAGCUGA